AUGCCUCCCCUACGGCACGAUGAGGACCCAACUGCAACCUCGUCCGCGCCGCCGUCAAAGAGAUCGCUUACCACCGAUCCCAAUGCCAGCGAUGGAGACUUCGAGGUUCCGAAGCCGUUCGACUCGGCCAUGUCCAACAACUUCACCAACAACUGCGCCGACUUCUUCAAGAAGCUGUUGACGAGCGACGCAAUAACCACCUGCCACCCCUUUUCGCUUUUGCUUCAGACCUCAAGCGGCUUCUUCGACGCAUCCAAAUCCUUCGUCCGCAUCACACAGACGCUCGAAGCGACUUGCAAAGCGAACUCUACACAAUGUGUGGGCGGCAUGGACGAGCUGGCGCGCGAGCUUCUCACAGAAGGGGCCUGCAAAGUGGACUACGACAACAACAAUCCGCAGGUGGUGCAGGCAUACAACGGCCUGAUAGCCUACGAGCCUCUUUAUCAAGCAAGCUGCUUGCGGGACGACGAGGGGAGCUUCUGUUACGCCGACGCUGUCACGAACACAACGUCCGCCGGCGCGGAUGCCUUCCCGUACUAUCUGCCGCUCGGUGUGAACCUGCCCGGCGGGGCGCGUCCGACGUGCAACUCGUGCCUGCAAGACGCAAUGGCCAUCUUCUCCUCCUUCGCCUCAAACUCGACGCAGCCCAUCAGCCAGACCUACACCGGAGCUGCGCAACAGAUCACAAUAUCCUGCGGAACGAGCUUCGUCAACGUAACCGCAGCGCCGCUGAAAGGCGCCGCUGCCGCGACGACCGCAUCGCUCACGCCAACAAUAACCCUGUUCAUAAUGCUCUUCAUCUACUUCUUCCAGUGA